AAACAUCAUAUGACGUCUGAUGAUUUCAGUACAAGAGAAAGCGAAUCCGAGCAACAAUAACACAUCUACACAUCGGAUUUCGCUCAAGCACACUUCCUCUACACACAUAUACACGCUCACACAGAAAGGCUUCUGUUAUAACAGACCUGUCGAGUGGGGCAGUGGAGAGUGGCUCUCGUGGUAUGACUACAAACAAGGGCAACAAAGCACUGAAGGUGAAGCGAGAGCCAGGUGAAAAUGGCACAAGUCUUACGGAUGACGAGCUGGUGUCUAUGUCUGUGCGGGAGCUGAACCAGCACUUGCGUGGUCUGUCAAAAGAUGAGAUCCUGCAGUUGAAACAGCGGCGGCGCACACUCAAAAACCGUGGCUAUGCCGCCAGCUGCCGCGUCAAACGUGUCACACAAAAGGAGGAGCUGGAGAAACAGAAGGCGGAGCUUCAGCGGGAGGUGGAGAAACUUGCCUCAGAAAAUGCUAGCAUGAGGGUGGAGCUUGAUGUGCUGCGCUCCAAAUAUGAAGCUCUCCAGAGUUUUGCCAGAACUGUGGCCCGCAGCCCUGUUGCCACUGCCAGGGGCCCUAUCACAUCUGUCAUAGGGCCCCUCAUACCAGGCAAAGUUGCUGCCACCAGUGUCAUCACCAUUGUCAAGUCCAAAACAGAAGCACAGUCAUAAUGCACAAACUAGGAACAUCUAACUACAUACAGUGCAAAGAUAUUUGAAAUAAGCUUCAUGAGACUCCUCUGUGAGAGAUGAUCAGGGUAAGUGAAAUGCACUAAUGAAAUGGGCUUAUUUUGAUAUGCUAUUCCCUGUUGUUAUUUCAGGACAUACAGUAUGUUUAGUGUAAUAUAAAAAUAAAAAGCACCAGAAGUACUUUGUCUUGUUGCACUGACUGAAAAUCAGCUGAAUCAGUGAAGUGAACAGAAUAUACAUAAUGUAUAUGACUUAUUCGCUCUAUAUACCAAGUUGUAAAGGGCUAAACAAAAAAAUUUGAUUUAUUCUCUGCAAAUCAUCCCCUUAAACAUCAAUUCUAAUAAAAGAUUUUCACUCUUAUACCCAAUAUUAUGCAUCAUAUUAUGUCUAUCAUUAUCAAAUUAAAUAUGUAAUAAGGAGGAUAACGUACAGAAGCAAAAUGAACCCCUUCAGUUGAUAAAAGUUCUAAUCCUGAUCACCUAGUGGAGCUUAUUUUACAGCGAUGAGCAGUAAUACGUGGCUAAAUAAUGAAGACCGCUUUCAUUUAUGGAUGAACUAUUCCUUUAAGGAGAAAUUAACGCAUUGAAACUGAUUCACUGUGACAAGAAUGCACUGCCCUUUUACCUCAACUCCGCCUCACAUUAUAGAUUCAAGACCAGAUUCUGAAAACCUUUCAACCCGCCAUCAGAAAGAGGUUUUGCAACAGUAAAAUAUGCAUCCCAAGUUUUAUAUAUAUAGGUUAUAUUCUUUCAAUGACUGGUAUAUUUUUAGCGCUUAUUGCUCGUAUAAUGCACUCAACACAUCCAAACAUCUUAUUUUCUACUUUUGAAAAGCAGCUUUUUGGAGCAUUUUUUCAUCAUACUUGUUUCGCACAGCACUUUGUGCACUCUGUGGUGUUUAAUGUAGUUCUUGGAUAAGUGCCACACUGUACCCUUAUGUGCACAUAAAUUGUUGAUAUUCUUGA